AUGGAUCCCACCAUCCCAGCCCAGAGCACAGAACUCACACCAAGGAACGGAAGUGCUGAGCCCCCUCCUAUAACUUGCUACGAGCAAACUCUGAUCUUUACUUGCCUGGCCGGCAUCACUGCCCUGGUCGGGCUGCUGGGAAACGGCGUUGUGCUCUGGCUGCUGGGCUUCCGCAUGCGCAGGAACGCCUUCUCCGUCUACAUCCUCAACCUGGCCGGGGCCGACUUCCUCCUCCUCUGCUUCCAGAUUAUAAAUUACCUAGAUGACCUCAUUGACUUCUUUCAUUCCAUCUCCAUCUCCUUCUCUAACGUCUUCCCCACUGUGUCGACUUUUGCCUACCUUGCAGGGCUGAGCCUGCUGAGCGCCAUCAGCACGGAGCGCUGCCUGUCCGUCCUGUGGCCCGUCUGGUACCGCUGCCACCGCCCGAGACGCACAUCAGCUGUUGUGUGUGCCCUGCUCUGGGCCCUGUCUGUGUUCUUUAGCAUCCUGCUAGGGUCCUUCUGUGUCUUUCCGUCUUUGAUUUCUGACCAUAAUAGGUGUCGGACAGUUCACUUCAUCAUAGCUGCAUGGCUGGGUGUUUUACUUGUGGUUCUCUCUGGCUCCAGCCUGGUCCUGCUAACCAAAUUCCUCUGUGGUUCCCGGCAGAUGCAGAUGACCAGGCUGUAUGUGACCAGGCUGUAUGUGACCAUCCUGCUCACAGUGCUGGUCUUCCUUCUCUGCGGCCUGCCAUAUGGCAUUAAGUGGUUCCUAUUAUUCUGGAUUGAGGAUGAUGUUAACUUCCUUUGUCAUCUUCAUGCAGUUUCAGUUGUCCUGAUGUCUGUCAACAGCAGCGCCAACCCCAUCAUUUACUUCUAUGCGGGCUCCUUUAGGCAGCAGCGGCGGGAACGGCGGCAGAACCUCCAGCAGGUUCUCCAGCGGGCUCUGCAGGACACUCCUGAGGUGGAUGAACGUGGGGGCAGCCUUCCUCAGGGAUCCCUGGAGCUGUCGGAAAGCAGAUAG